GCGUUAGUAAUCAGACGGUCGAGGAAGACGGCGUUACGGUCAGAACAUCAGCAGUUUGUCAAGCGUUUCUGUUGACAAGUCGAGAAGUUUCGAAACAGGAAUUUAUUCGUCAGUUAGUCGCGAUGGCAGUCGAUGUGCUCUCGGGGAAGGUCUUCCUCUUGAUUACUGGCGCUAGUCAGGGCAUUGGCAGGCAAAUCGCUGUCACCUUUUCAGAGUUACUGGAAACCGGAUCCAGACUGUUGCUCCUGGCGAGGAGUGAACAUGGACUCAAGGAGACGGCGAAUCAGAUUUCCAAGCGAGUUUCUGUUGACUUCAAGAGCGUCGAUCUGGCUCUUAGCACUGCUGAUAAACUGUCUGAGAUAAUUAAGAAAUCCGUGAAUCAUGUGCAAUUCGAUCGCAUUGUCGUCGUCCAUAACGUCGGCAGCACUGGUGAUCUAUCGAAAUUCACGAUUGAUAUGAAUGACUACACCGAGUGGAGGAAAUAUUACGACUUGAACGUCUUCUCCCCGGCGAUUCUCAACUCCGUGGUGAUGAAAAUAUUCCAGGACAGUCCGAAGAUGAAAAAAAUUGUUAUCAAUAUCACCUCGUUCUGUGCUCUUCAACCGAUGAAGUCGGUGGGGUACUACUGCUCUGGAAAGGCUGCCAGACAGAUGUACUUCAAGGUUUUUGCUGAAGAAUUUGCAGACGUCAACGUCCUCAACUACUCCCCAGGGCCCGUAGAGACCGAAAUGUUGACGAAUUUCGUAACAAACGUAGCCGAUAACGAUCAACGAAAGAAGAUAGCUGACAUACGAACCAAAAAUGAGCAGCUGACGACUGAGGAGACUAUCAACCGUCUCGUCGAAGUUCUCAGAGACCAGAAAUAUGAAUCAGGAGGAUUCGUUGAUUACUAUGAUGGCACUGAUAGGGCUAGACUCCGACCCAUCAAAUGAUAUUAUCCUAAUUAACGAAAUUGUUCAAACAAAUUUUUGUUCCUCUCCAUUCACUUUUGUUUAGAAUAAAAUAACUUCGUGAAUGCAA